AUGAAGGUUUAUCUCGCAUUAGUACUCAGUUUAGUGGCUUUCACAAUUGGAAGCAAGGCUGAAGUAGAAAUCAAAGAAGAAGAAGAUGUUUUAGUUUUAACAGAAGCCAAUUUUGAUCAUGUUUUAGAUUCCCAUGAGCAUAUUCUCAUCGAAUUUUGUAAGUACUACAUGUUGUACGUCUGUGAACUUUACAAAAAGUCAUUCACUGCGGUCUUCAUGAUUUUUGUUUCAUAUGGUUUAUUUCUCUCGGUUAGAUGCCCCUUGGUGUGGACAUUGCAAAGCUCUGGCCCCAGAAUACGCCAAAGCCGCCGGACAGCUCAAGAAAGAAGGAUCUGCGAUAAAGCUUGCAAAAGUAGACGCAACAGUAGAAACAAAACUUGCUGAAAAGUACGAAGUUCACGGCUAUCCGACCAUCAAGUUCUUCAGAUCCAAAAAGUCGGUUGAGUAUGGAGGUAAGAAAAAUUACAGACGGUUCUUUACGAGGACAAAAAAUCGUGCAAUGGAUGAGUCAUCACACGUGCAACCAUGUGGAACGUUCCAUAUUUUUUUGGUUGUGAAUAUUAAAAUUUAUUAUUAAAUGUCGCUGUUUUCUUACAACUAAUUAAGUUUGUUUGGGUUUCCCAAAUGGUCGAAAUACGUAGGAAUCGCCAGUUGGGUUUCACUUGAUAUCAGUUUUGUACGGUUAUCUUUUAGUUGUUCUUUUGUUAUUCGUUCUCAAGAGUCGUGGCACUGAAAAAAAGGCUCUUUUAUCAGCUGUCCAAAUAGGUGUUUGUUUCACAGUUAGUCUAAUCACCGAACAACUUGUUAAGAAUCUUUGUUCAAUUUUAUAAAGCCUUGUUAUACGCUAAAAGGUUUGAGCAAGAGAGCAAGCUAUAGAGUAAAAGGAAAAAUAGGCUUUCAACAACCGCUUUUUGUUUUUGCCAGGUUCGACAUGGAGGGGAAAAAAAACUUAUUUUGAGCUUCAUAAUGUAAACAGCUUUAAAAUAUUUGAUUUCUGGACUUUGGGUUGUUGAGGAACUACCUGUUUUAAACUUCUUACCUCGACACUACAAAGAAGGCUUUUGUUUAAAAAUUUAGAUAAUACAUUUAAACCCUUAAACGAAGAAGUUCACGUGAUUUUCGCUGCACUUGUUCUUUUUCUUUGUCUAAUAAAAUCUUGUAAGGAACAAAAGAGAGAUUUUUAGACAUAAACAUUUAUAAAUAUUGUUAUCUUUGUUACUCCCCAACAAUAUGUAAAUUUAUUUUGACCGCUGAGAGAUGAGUCAUCUUUAACAAACUUUAUCAUUUCAAUAGGUGAUUUUACCACAAUUAUCUGUUGUGGUAACUAUUCUUUUGUCCUUCUUAACAUGUUGUAAAUGCAAAUUAUAGUGGACAAGAUCCAAUCACAGUUACCCAACUCAGUAAUGUUAUAAAGAGGGUACACCUAUCAGUGUAAAUUCUGUAGGGAUUGAGGGGUACUGUGGAGAAAUGAAGAAAAGAAUUGUAAAUGCAAAUUAUAUUUGACAAGAUCCAAUCACAGUUAUCCAACUCAGUGAUGUUAUAAAGACUAUGCACCUAUCAGUGUAAAUUUCACAGAGGUUGAGGGUACUAGUGAGAAAUGGAGGAAAAAUUACGAUCAGGGAAAAAACAGCAUGUUAUUUAGAGAGGUUCCUUUUGUCUUCUUAGUGGUUCCCAGUAAUUGGAGACACUUCUAGAUCAAAGUGGAAUUUAGAAAUGUUAGAUUUUUAGAAGAGGGUAAAACCACAAUUCUCAGAGAAUAACCUCUGAGCUAGAGCAGAGAAGAAAACUAGCAUUCCUGAGGGUGGAUAGUGCUGGAAAGACAGUUAACUCUAUACCUGAAGUUCCCAUAAAUUCAGUUGUCAUACAUGUUUUCACAUGGUGUGUGCUCUUGUCAGGGCAUAAAUGGCCUCUAGGUAUGAUCAUAAACUGUAUGGGGCAUUUUCACAUGAAAUCACAGCAGCCAUAUUAUUUUGUGUUCCAAAACAGUGAAAAGGCAGCCAUGUUCCAAACCAAUUCUGUGGGAGGUGAACUCUUUUCUUGUGUAAACAGUUCUUUUGUACACUCAAUAACUUUUUAUAGAUGCUGGCCAAGUGAGUGAAAAUGCUCUUUAUCCAGUUAUGUCUGAACACACCUUGAUUACUUCAACUUGUAUCUAAACUCUGCAGGUGGCCGUACAUCGGAAGAAAUCAUUACAUGGUUGAGUAAGAAAACUGGCCCACCUGCCAAGGAACUCAAGACUGCUGAUGAAGUCAAAGAAUUCGUUGACAAGAAAAAUGUUGUUGUUAUUGGGUUUUACAAAGAUAAAGAAUCUGACGCUGCUAAAGCUUUCAUCGAGGCUGCUCAAGGCGUUGAUGAUUUGGAGUUUGGAAUCGUCCAUGAUGAGGCCAUUGCCAAGGAGAACAAAGUAGAAAACGAUAAUGUUGUAGUCUUUAAAAAGGUAAAGAAACUUGUUCUUGUUUGUGAUCCACUAACAAUAAGGGUUGUUUGCCUUUACUUUGUUUUUCUCUAGACAUUUUUAAUAUCUAUGGGUGUUUAUCUACAUGACACUGAUUUUUUUGAAAAUGAACUUAGGAAAAUUAGCAGCCAUUUGAUUCAAAAAGGGCCAAAAGGCGGGUUUUGGGCCCGAUAAGCUCGAAAAUCAUGUUAAUAACGUGAAAGAAAAGGCAAAAUAGAAAGAGCAAGGAGGAAGAAAGUAGGAGAAGAGAAAAAAGCAAUGGUUGCACUCUUAGUUUUUAUAUUGGCUAUUGCUUGAGAGAAGAAGCCUUCUAGGAAGUUACAUUUUCAAACCUCUGACUACAUAUACAUGUAUGUGUUUCAAGGGAACUUUAAAAAAAACCUGUUAUAGCAGUGUUGUUUUGUCUGCUUAGUGCUUUCAAGUUCUCCUUUUGUUUUGUUAUUAGUACUAUUGUCAUUAUUAACAUUUUUGUUCUUUUAUGAACAGUACCUACAAAAUGACAAACUUGUUGAAAGAGUGACAGUAUCACUGCAUAAACAAACCAAUAUUAUUCCAAAGUUCAAAUGAGCAGCUAAAUUCCCAAGUUUUAUCGUGUGAAAUUCAUUUGUCUUUCUGCAUUUUUCUGGUCACAGUUUGAUGAAGGACGUGCUGACUAUGAUGGUGAAGCCAAGGCUGAUGACAUCAUCAAAUUUAUCAAGGCCAACCAACUUCCUCUUGUUACAGAAUUCAAUGAUGAGGUAAGAGUUACAAAAUCACAAGUCGUUUUUCAUCACCUUCAGCUUUAAAGGAAAUGUUCUUAAUCCUACCCAAACCCAAGGGUUUUCCAGAGAACUGCAUUGGUAAUCAGACUUCACAUGGAAGAUUGCGGGUAGUUAAGUCAUUUACAGAGGUCUUUUAAUUGCAUACUGCAUGGAUAUGUAACAUCAAAAUUAUCAGUGUCAAAACUUUGUGCACUGUACAUCACUGAGUGAUGGUAACUGAAAGGUGCAAAAGUCAUUAAUCAAUAGGGUAAUUGUGAAGGACAGCUUCCCAAACUCCACUGACCACAUGGUAAACUGCUGCUUCUAAGCCCCCCCUCCCCGACUUGUUAGCUCCCCCAGAUAGAGGCCCACCUACCUGUAAACAAAAAAAAAAUGAUGAUAAGCCCUCCCCCCCAGAUAAAAGGCCCCCAGGGAUGUCAGAAAGUUUUGAAGUAUACAGCUGAGUUUUCAAAGUAGGCAGCCAGUCCAGGGAUAUUUUAUUUAAAAAACACCAUCCGUAAAGAAAUGCCAAGCAGAUGAGCCGGCCAAUACUAACCUAGUAGGCAGUGAUUUUUGCUGGUAGCCGGCUACUUUUGACAACACUGGGCACCCUCUAUUCUGUGUUGAAAUGAAUUUGAGUCGCGCUAUGAUGUUUUGAAGCUGUGUAUUAAAAACCAGUUAAUGUAAUGUAUUUUAGUCAGUCAGGGUUCUCAAUAGAAGGCGGCACCCGGCGAUUGAUCGCCGCUUACUUUGGGAUUUAUAGCCGCUUACUUUGUGUUUAGGUCGCUUUUCUUUGCUUUGUUUUGACACCUCUGGCUUUGCUGAAGAGCCUCCUACUUUAUCAGUGAUCACCUCCUACUUAAAAAUCUAUUGAGAACCCUGGUCAGUACUGCUAUAGCUUGUUUCAAAGCCCUUUUUCUGUUCCGGGUAUAUAAGCCCCCAUGGACAUACACCCCUCCAUCUAGAAGCCUUCCUAAAACCCCUUACAAAGAUGUUUAAUUCCAGGGCUUACAAGCGGGAGUUUACAGUAUUUCUUGUAAUUGUCUCUUUCAGAAUGCACCUAAAAUUUUUGGUGGAGAUGUGAAGAAGCACGUUCUUCUCUUUGUGGGCAAAAAAGUUGAUAAUUUCCAAAGUAUUUAUGACAGCUUUUCAGCUGCUGCUAAGGAUUUUAAAGGAAAGGUUCUCUUUGUCUUUGUUGACAAUGAUGUGGAGGACAACGCUCGUAUCUCUGAAUUCUUUGGAAUUGAUGCUAAAGAGAUCCCUACUGUUCGACUGAUCGACUUGGCACAGGAUGAGAUGACGAAAUAUAAACCAGAAACCACCGAGCUUACAACUGAUAAUGUCAAAGCCUUUGUUCAAGAUGUCUUGGAUGGAAAAAUGAAGGUAAUUUUGUCAUAAAUUUAAGUUUCAAGGUUUUGAUUGUUUAUAUCUGGGUUGACUCCAGCUCCCUACCAGAUCAAUUUUUUUUUUGUCAGCAAAUAGAAAGAGACUAUGCAGCCACUUUUUAAUAAAUGCAUUUUUGAUGUUGGUGAGAAGACAGAGACGGUCAUUUGCUCAUGUUUUCUGUGGUUUUUUCUGUAGUUUACACAUACAAAGGCAAACCAAGUUGGUUGAGAUGAGUUGGGGAAUUGUCUCCAUCUUUUCAUUCUGUAAAACUACUUUCUUUGGUCUUGUUGGCUUCCUAUAUGGUAUCAGCAGGAUAUAAGCCCUGACAUACUAGUAUAUUUCACAACUGAAAAACUAUGUACAUUUUGUACAGUGUCGAUAUAUUUUUAUCUCCCGCUUCAAUAGCAUACACCUCUGUCAGGUUGUUCUUUAGGCAGCGGAGGAGUAGAAUUCUCCAGCUUACCUGCAAUAGCCUAUGACUAUUUUUUAUUCAUACAUAGUCUCUUUCACAAUAUUCUCCUGUAACAUUACAGCUUUCUCCUGCUACUAUAAUUCUUAACGAAAACCCUAAGUAUGAAAUGGAAUCGCUUGUUGCCGCAAAAAAGGUGACAUUAAAAAUCUCAAAGAUCACUGAGUUUGGUAAAACUCAUUCUGGUUACGAACAAAUCAGGGGUGGAUCUAGGGGGAAGGUGCAGGAGGUGCGCACCCUCCCCCUCCCCCCCCCCCCCGAAAUGACCUGCGGUUUUCUAAUACAACUAGUAUUCUGCCAAAAAAAAAAACUAUGUGGUUUAUUGGUGUUGAAGUAGAGCAAGAGACGAGUGCACCCCUCCUAAAAAAAAUCCUGGUUCCACCCCUGCCAAUGUACCUGUAUUUCAAAUGUUCACAGAGUUAGUGGAGUAUUGUGAUGCUACAAUUCUUCUUUCCAAAACCUGAUUGCUUAGGUUAAAAGUUUGUUACUAAAUGAGAUUUGAUUGUGUUCUGCUUGUACACAUUCUAAUUAACCCUUUAAGUCCCAUGAGUGACCAAUAUCAAUUUUCUCCCAACAUUACAAAUACAUCAUCAAGACAAAAAGUUAUGAGAAUUAGUAAAAUGAUCAUCAUGGGGAAAGUACUUUGAUCUUUGAUCAAUUUCUCUUCAUUAAUUCAUGAAAAAAAUGUAUGGACACAAGUCUGGAGAAUUUGUAUGUGGAUAUUGGAGCUUAAAUGGUGAAAUCCUUUCAUUUUCCUUCUUAUUUUUCAGGCUCAUCUCUUAAGCCAGGACGUUCCUGAAGACUGGGAUGCUAAACCUGUGAAGGUCCUUGUAGGAAAGAACUUUGAUGAAGUAGUUAAAGACAAAACUAAGGGUGUUUUUGUUGAAUUCUGUGAGUUCAUAAUACUAUUGUUUUAUUUUGUAAUGAUUUAGUAUCCUUGGGCAGGCAUGGCUGUCAUUAAAAAGCUAACUGGUUGCCUCCUGCCAGUUACAUUUUAUGUAAGCAUUUUAAUCCUGUCAUGUUUAACGUGAAUUUUGUUCACGUUAUUUUUCAUCAGUAGAGUGCCUUUGAACUUUGUAGAUUAGCUAAGUGCUCUUCCACUUUAACCUUUUAAGUCCCAAGAGUGACUGACCAACAUCAAUUUUCUCCUAACAAAAUCAAUACAUAAUCAAGAGAAGAGGUUGUGAGAAUUAAUAAAAUGAUCACCUAAGGGAAAAUACCAAUUCUCUCAACUUGUUCUUUUUGGAAAUGUAUAGAGACCAGUUUGGAGAAAUUGUAUCUGGAUGUUGGCAUCUUAAAGGGUUUUAAAACAAAAGUACCGGCCAAUUUUUACUGUAUUUUCUUUGUUUCUCUGCAGAUGCCCCGUGGUGUGGCCAUUGUAAAAAGCUGGCUCCAAUCUGGGAUGAACUUGGAGAGAAAUUCAAGGAUCGUGAAGAUGUUGUUAUUGCUAAGAUGGACUCCACUGCUAAUGAAGUAGAAACUGUGAAGAUCCAGAGUUUCCCAACUUUAAAAUAUUUCCCUAAAGAUAGUGAGGAGGUAGGUGUCAACCUGAAAACCUUGAAUGUAUGUCAGAAAUUCACUACAGGAAAUUUGUUUCUUUCAGUGAAGUACAUAUACUAGUUUCUUAAAGCAUCAGGCAGCAAGAUUCUUCCUUGGUGACCAGUGUAAGAUGAGAGGGAUGGAGGGUUUUGACUUACUAUCAUAGGUUUGCAAUAGAGUAGAAUCCCAUCUAGUGAAGAAGGAAACAUAAUAUGUCUGAUAAUUGUUCCAUUUUGCACAUUGAAGCAAAGUAAAAGAGUAACCAGGCCUAAAGAAAUUACAGGUCUAGUCAAAUCGUAAAAAUUUAGAAUGACUGGUUUGCAAAUAGUUAAUGAAAGAAAAAUAGCAAAGCCAUCCCCUGUAUGUUUUCCUGCAUAAAAAUUUAUAUGAAUCUUUUUUUGUUGUUGUAUUGCAGAUUGUUGAUUAUAAAGGUGGAAGAACUUUGGAAGAUUUAGUUAAGUUUGUUGAAUCUGAAGGCAAAGAAGGCAAUACAGAGCCAACCGAGGGAGAAGAGCCACCUCCAGAUGUUGAUGCAGAGGAGGAGGGUGCCGAGCCCGCUGAGGGAGCUGAGGGUGAAGGCGAUGCUACUGAAGAGGGGGAAGCUGAGACCCCGAAGGAUGAGCUGUAGAACCGAAGAUGUCUCACAUGGAAAGGAAUCUAUUAUGACACUCUUGUGAUUGCACGAGUGUAGCCGAUAGUCCCUCAAUAUGAGGACAUUCUCUUCAGCCUUGUUUUACUAUUAAUGCAAGCAUGAGCUCUAUUACUCAAGUUCAAGUUCACAAUAAUUUUUGUAGUCAAAUAGACCUUUUUCAUAAAUUGCCAGCUAAUUA